GCCGUUGUUUAUACUGGCUCCUCAGAGGUCCGCCUCCACUCAAUAUAUUUCGCCGCUUGGCGCGCAAACAUCAAUACUCGCAAGCAAUCGCAUCGAGAACAGCAAAACGCUUCAAUCGAAAUGUCAGACGCAGAAAAACCCGCUAAGGCUAAGAAGCCAGCAAAGCCUGCAGAGCAUCCAAAGUACUCUGAUAUGGUCGUAGCAGCCAUCGGCGCCCUGAAGGAACGCAACGGAUCGUCCCGCCAGGCCAUCGAGAAAUACAUCAAGGGCAACUACAAGGUCGGAGACAACGUUGGUGUCCAUCUGAAGCUGGCGCUCAAGCGCAUGAGCGACAAGGGAAAACUAGCGCACACCAAGGGUGUAGGAGCUUCUGGUUCCUUCAAACUGAACAAGGCUGCUGUUGAGAAACCAAAGAAAGCGAAAAAGCCAGCAGCAAAGAAACCCAAGGCUGCCAAGAAACCCGCCGCUAAGAAGUCCCCGAAGAAGGCUGCAGCAAAGAAGCCAUCAAAGUCUCCCAAGAAAGCAGCGAAAAAGCCUGCUGCUAAGAAACCGGCCGCCAAGAAAGCAGCAAAGAAAUCCGCUGCAAAGAAGGCUGCGGCAAAGCCUGCAAAGAAACCGGCAGCUAAAAAGGCAGCUAAGAAACCAGCCGCAAAGAAGGCCGCCAAAUAGCCAGCCAAGAAGUAGAGUGGUCUAUAGUCGCUUUACUACACACACACACCAAACGGCUCUUUUAGGAGCCAUCCACGUUUAUAAAAGCAAUGCCACAUACAUUCUAAUGUGCAUCCAUUCCCCAAUAUAAAAGAGAAAUAAAUUUUACCGGGUUUGUCCCAA